GCGGAGCGGGCGGGGAUGGCCGGGCCGGGCGAUGGGCCGGGCCGUGGGCAGGGGCAGCCCCCUCGGGAGGGUGCGGGUGGCCCGGCAGAGCCGCGCUGUGGGGCCCCCCCGGCCGCGGCCCUGCCCGCCCUCCUGGCCUACAGACGCGAGGCCUCGCGGGCACCCGCGCAGCUCCAGGCAGAGGAGGACACUGAGCCGAGAUGUGAGUACUGCGGCAGCCUCCUGAGGCCGUUCCCUUUCCCCGAGGAUGCCCCUGUCCUUGAGGAUGCCCCUGUCCUUGAGGAUGUCCCUUCCCCGGAGGAUGUCCCGUUCUCCAAGGACAUGGAAUACAGAUUCUGCUGCAAGCGCCACCGAGACCUCUACGAGUUCAUCCUGAAGGAGAGGAAGAGGCUCAAGGAUACCUGCAGCAUUCCCAGAGCUGUCAGCACCCAUGAAUACCAGGGCUCCGAAGCCCAUCAGCUGCAGUCAAAGGAGCAAGAGAACCAGAGGCACCACAAGUUCGAAUUCUCUCCAGUCCCCCCUGACUCCUCUGUCGCCGGACUGCACAAGGAGGAGACAAGGCAGCAGGAGAGCCACCUGUCUAGAGGGUCACCUGUCCUGUCUUUGGAGCCGACUGCCACUGAAGGUUCACACGAAGCUGGAACCACAUCACCCAAGGGUGAGAUGCUGAUGCCUGCUGGAAGUGUAGCCAAGACCGAGGAGGAGCCUGAGCCCAGGCCUGAGGCUGAGACUGAGCCCGAGCCUGAGCCCAAGCCUGAGGCUGAGCCCGAGCCCAAGCCUGAGGAGGAGCCCCAGCCCAAGCCCAAGCCCAAGGAGGAGCCUGAGGAAGAGCCCAAGCCUGAGGCUGAACCCAAGCCCGAGGCUGAGCCCAAGCCCGAGGCUGAGCCCGAGGCUGAGGCUGAGCCCAAGCCCAAGGCUGAGCCCGAGGCUGAGGCUGAGCCCAAGCCCGAGGCUGAGCCCAAAGAGGAGUCCAAGCCCAAGAAGGAGCCUGAGGAAGAGCCCAAGCCUGAACCCAAGAAGGAGCCUAGGCCCAGGCCUGGGCCCAAGCUUGGGCCUGAGCCUGAGUCUGAGCCCAAGAAGGAGACCACAUCCAAGCCCAAAGAGGAGCCUGGGCCCGAGCUUGGGCCCAAGCCUGAGAAGGAGCCCAAGCCUGAGCUCGAGCCCGAGGAGCCCAAGCCUGAGCUCGAGCCCGAGAAGGAGCCCAAGCCUGAGCUUGAGGAGCAGCCUAAACCCGACCUCGAGGAGCAGCUCAAACUUGAGCUCAUGGAGGAGCAGCCCAAGCUCGAGCUCAUGGAGGAGCCCAUGUCCUGCCAUGUCACCAGCUCUGGUUUCAGGCCCCUGGGGAGGAAGGUGAGGAAGAGUAAAUUGGUGCAAAAGUACUACAAACAUGGAAGGAAAUUCCUUACCCUGCUCCCAGAUGGAACCUCGCAGUUAUUCUAUCCAUCUGGAAACCUGGCCAUCAUGGUUACACGAGAGGGAGACCAGAUGAUUUGCACAGUACAGGAAGAUGAGCCGAGGACUGCCAAAAUCCGCGCACUGUUCCAGUCUGACGGCAGGAGCACGUGCUAUUACCCCAACGGAGAUGAGUGGAUAAACAUGAGUAUCCAGGGAGGGCAGUAUUUGGACCAAGCAGGCAGCAGGGUGAAAAGGUGGACAUGGCCAAACAUGUCACCAGGGCCCCACAUCCCACUGAGCCCCAUCUUCAUCUCCCUGAACCGGCACGUGGGGGUCAGGAUUCUGGCCCAGGACAAGAUCAUCAUCUCCUUCCUCGCCAUGGGGCGACAGGCAAAGUUCAACAUGGGAACCAAAGUGCAGGUCGGUGCUGCCGGGGGGCCGCCUGCCCCGGCCCGGCUGGGCAGGGACGAGCUCCUGCUGCAUGCCUUCCGGGUCAGGAUCCUGCAGCUCUUCAACAGCAUGCGGGGAUGCAUCAGCUUUCCUUCCAGUGAGCAGUGGAACAAAAUGCAGCCUCCCGCGUACGUCCUGAGCCAGGCUGCGAAGAUCCUGGAGCUCUGCACUGCCGCCGACAUCGGCGAGGAGCUGCGCAGCUCCAUCCGGGCCAUAGUAAAGGCACAGCUCUGAGCAGCACGUGUGUGGUGUGAGGCAGACGCUCCCCAGCCCCGGUACCUGCACACGCUCAGGAGGGCUCCCCUCGGCCCUGCCCUGCUGUGAGCAAAGGGCAUCCCGGGGCUCAUCCCCACAGCCCCUCGGGGGCCUCGCUCAGGGCAGGCAGCACCAGCCCACACUGAGCUCACCUUGGCAAUGGAGGCACGAGGGGGCUUUGCUCAGAUCACCACACAGGCACCACUUUGCUGCUCCUGAUGAGGUGGCACCAGCAGGAUGCCCAGGUGUCCCUGGCACCAGUGCUGCUGGCAGCUCAGCUGCGGGUACAAGACAAGGUGGUUCCCUGUGCAGAGAGAGACAAAUGACCAUGGAGUACCCAAGGCAAUCACCUACACUCGGCCCCAGGGAGCACCAGCUGCAGCCCGGGACGAGCUCUGGUUAAAGCUCUCAGCAGGCAUUUAGAGGCCCCUGGGCCACAGGGGCUGCAGCUGGCAGCCCCCCAGAGCUGCCUGGGGUUCACCUGGCCAUCUUCCCCCAGGGUGGCUACACCCAAAGAACAAGGCCAAGCCCCACGUGCCCCUCCUGGCACGCUGAGGUUCUCGGGGGGCUUACACACGACAGACACAAGCUCAGUGACCUUGGAAAGUUGGCAUUUUAUGUGGUUUUUCAAUUGCAAUUCCAAGAAUGUCCAUCAGUGACAAACAAGGUACUUCACACAGGAAAUGGGAACUCUUUUAUUUCAAUUAAUGUUUUUGGGUUCUAUUCAGGACAGCAGGAAGGCCCAGCUCAUCUUUCCAACUGCCAAGGAAGAACCGCUGGAGCUGGCCCACAUGAUUUAAGAGCAGCUGAUCUUAAUUUUCACUGAAGUCACCAAAUGAUGUAACUAAUCUGCAUGUAAUUUUGCUUAUAUAAUUCAAUAUAUAACGCACUGUUCUACUCUGUCAUAGAUUUUGAAAAAUAUACAAACCUGUUUUAACCACAUUAGAGAGAA